AUAAUAAACAAUUUAUCAUGAUUAUAAGGAAAUAAAUAAUAACUUUAUUAUUGCCUCUAGGGCAUAUUUCCUUCACUGGGAACACAACCACAGGCUACAGCUCACUCCGCAAAUGCUUGUCUUCUUGCACUCCCACAAAUUUUUUGACAAAACAAUCUUGGAGUACGUCAAGUACCUGCAGUUCAAAGGCAUUGAACACGCGCAAAUCAUGAGCAUUCUGGGCGGUGAUGACCCUGGUAGCUACUUCCUCAAAAUGAAUGCCAAAGACCUGAUUAACAUGAAAGCAAAGAAUUCAAGGAUUGAUGAUGUGGAUGAUGUCCUAAAGACUGUCAACUUCUUUAGGGAGAUGAAAGCUAUAAACAGGGAAUUCUUCUGUGACAUGCAACUCGAUGAGUCCAACAGAGUUAAGAACAUAUUCUGGGCGAACGUAAGCUGCCGAGGCGCAUAUCAGGACUUCGGUGACUGCGUAACAUUUGACACCAUGUACAAGACCAACAAGUACCAUAUGCCACUUGGGGUGUUUGUCGGUACUAACAACCACUUACAGACUACAUUCUUUGGUUUCGCCCUGAUAAGAGAUGAGGAUGCAGAAUCAUUCAGAUGGCUGUUCAAGACGUUUUUAAGGUGCAUGAGAGGGAAGGCUCCUACAUGCAUCCUCACAGACCAGUGCCAGGCAAUGGCUUUGGCGAUCGCAGAUGUUUUCAAGAACACAAUACAUAAGCUAUGCCGCUGGCACAUUAUGAAGAAGUACAGGGAACACCUCGCGUACCUAUAUUUCCUGCACGAGGACCUUAAGGAUGAAUUCACAUCAAUUCUCAACUGGCCCCUCAUGCCAACUGAGUUUGAGGAUGCCUGGAAAAGACUCAUGGAUAAGUACAACCUCCACGAUGAUGCCACAAUGGUGGGCAUGUGGAACGAGCGUGAGAAAUGGAUAUCAGCCUACUUCAAAGAAAUUUUCUGCGCCAAAAUGACAUCCACACAGCGAAGUGAGAGCGUGAACUAUGUGCUCAAGAAGAACUACGUAAAUGAGAGACAUAACCUACACCGGUUUGUCAGUCAGAUAAACUCCUGCGUCAAAAGCAGGAGGCAGACAGAGAACCAGGAGACAAUGGGUAACCGGACGGAACAAAACACGCUGACCUUCUAUGGGUUUGACACCCAGAUGGCAAAGCUGUACACGCGAGCUGUGUACAGCGAGAUCAGAGAUAGGCUAAAACUGAGCACUCUCUUCACGGCGACAGAGACGGAAGAGCCCACAAAGUACCUAGUGCGCUACAACCACCCGCAAAAACUGUCUGUGUGGGCUCAGCACGCGUUCCAUGUGGUUGCAGACCCCGUGGGAGAAACAUAUGAGUGCGAGUGCAGGCUAUGGGACCACACAGGUCUUUUCUGCGUGCAUGUCCUGUGCAUGAUGCAGACAAUUAAGGCUCAAAGCGUUCCAGAGAAAUACAUACUCAGGAGAUACACCAAACGACCGAAUAUCCAGCCAACAUUUGACAGAAAUGACUUGAGGACAGUAGCGCCAAACAAGGCAUCCCAAUACUGCAUUGAAAGCUCACUGCUGACGCUGAACAUGAGGGUGCAGAGAAAAAGCUUGAGAAGCCAAGAGCAAAUGGCAAGGACGCGGGUCGUCAUGGAUAAACUUGAACAAGAACUCGACGCCAUGCAUUCUGCUCACAAUGGGGGUGUUGCGGACAAUGAAGCCAUUGAGCAAGAUAUUGCUACAAUGUUGUCCGAGAUGAACCAUAAGGGAGCUAUUGACCCGUUUGAGAACGAGGAAGAGGAGCAGCAGCAAUCGGAGCUUGCCCGUGUGGACACUCAAGAGCACCGACAAACUCACAUGCGAGAUCAUGAGCUUGAUGGUGCUGUAGGCAAACGACAUGACAAUAGCACAUCCUACAAGCAGCAGCAGGAAAGGGUGAUUAAACCCCCAAUAUUCUCAAACACAAAGGGGAGGAAGAGCAAGACGCAAGCAGCAGCCAAAAAGCCACCACGCCCCAUCAAGCGCGUGGAAUUUGGCCCGGACGGCAAACCCCUCGGGGUAAGGGCAUGCAGAUUCUGCAACGUCGUGAGCAACCAUAACUACCGCACAUGCCCACUCUGCGCAGAUGCCACUGUCAACAAGAACAAGCAGAUUGGAGCCACCCAGCUUUCUACCAAUGGAGACAACACACGUAACAGCUACACUUGCCGCAAGUGUGGCGGAACUGACGGACAUAAUGCCCGCACGUGCAAAGUGGGUAAGGAGGUCAGUGGAGCUGAACAUAAACAGGGCAAGGUACAGAGUUCCAAGCAAUCAAAUGAAGACGAUGAAGAAGAAGAGUUUGAUGAGAAUGACGGCCAAUCAGACGAAGACAAUGAAGAUGACAGUGUCGGGGGCGAGGAAACUGAAACUGACGAUGAAGCUGCCAAGGCUCAACCUGGAAAGAGCGCCGGCAAGGCACAACAUUCGGGGAUAGUUAGGAGAAGCUCAAGACUGAACAAUACAUAGUGGUUGUCCUGCU